AUUCAUUGCUCUUGUUAAUUGCUUCUGAUUAUCUUUAAUGCUUUUUUAGGGGAAUACGCACCCCAAAGCACGUUAUUACUACUGACACAUAAAAACAACUUAACAAAAAAGUUGGUAAUACAUAAAAAACCUCAUAAACCAUAAACAGCUUCUUGUUUGGCAAAAAAGGGUCAUUUUUUAUAUAUUUAUAUUUCAAUUUGUUGGUUCAUUUUGAGGAUAACUGAUACCAUGAAGGUUUCUGGCUUUUGUGCUGUGUUCUUGAUGGUUGUCACCGUCACAGCUUUUGCUUUUUUUAGCCUCUCAAGUACCACAGGUCCCUCUUGGUUUCCAGAUUUGGUUGGUAGAAAAUGUGUGGAUGAAACAACACCAACUGCAAUUAGCAGGAAACUGAAGGAAAAUGUCAGUAAUAUGAAAAGUAAUGUAAAAGGCGAUAAAGACGAAGAUAAAGACAAAGACCGAGUAAGUCUUGAAGAUUACAAUCCAGUUGAUCCAACACCAGGUGAUGACCGAAAGAAUGUUCAACCAGGACCAAUUGAACAUGGAACUCCUCUUAUGCCAUUCAUACCAAUAUCUCCACCUCCUGCGCCAAGUCCCGGAGAUUAUUAGUAGGAACAACUUGUUCUGCUAUCUAUGCUAUAUGAAGCAAUACUAAAUAAGACAAUAAUGCUAAAAAUGUACACUAUAUAAGUUAUGGUUAUUCUUGUUGUUUUAUCAUGUGUUCCUGUUGUGAUAAACACUAGUAAUUUGUAAUUUGGCAUAACAUAUAAAGUGCCUAAUGUUUGGUCCUGCUCAACUAGCAUAAACCGAUGUCUUCGAACCUAGUGGGCCGACAUUGUUACGUCAAUACCAGAGUUCGAACCUAGCUGACCGACUUUGUUACGUUAAUAUCAGAGUUCGAACCUUGCAGUUAUGUGUGUAAAAUUGGCAAAUAUGUGUAAUGUAAUGUAUACUUGAAAGUA